CGGGACUUUUUGUCCGGAGGAAAGGGGGGGAAGGGCCAUUUUGUAGCUUUCCCUGCCCCCUCUCCCCUCUGUAGCCCAACACCAGGAGGAGGGACGGCUGCUUUAAGGAGCUCUAACAAUAUAUACAUUUAAAUUCGAGCGUGAUCGGUGCAAGGAAGGAUCGCUUUUCCUUCCCUUCCACAUUUGGCAGCCUCCGCGCACCCUAGAAAGGAUCCAGGAUCAGAGAGGAUUUGCGGAGCUCCUCAAGAUCCAAAAUGCACAGGACUACCAGGAUAAAAAUCACGGAGCUGAACCCCCACUUGAUGUGCGCCUUGUGCGGAGGCUACUUCAUAGAUGCCACAACCAUUGUGGAAUGCUUACACUCCUUCUGUAAAACCUGCAUCGUUCGUUACCUGGAGACCAACAAAUAUUGCCCAAUGUGUGAUGUCCAAGUGCAUAAAACAAGACCUCUCCUCAGUAUCAGAUCAGAUAAAACCCUACAGGAUAUAGUGUACAAGCUGGUGCCAGGGCUCUUCAAAGAUGAAAUGAAGAGGCGGCGUGAUUUCUAUGCAGCCUACCCUAUGGCAGACGUUCCGAAUGGAUCUAAUGAAGACCGGGGGGAGGUUUCAGAACAAGAGAAAGGAAAUCUGUCAGAUGAUGAAAUUGUCAGUUUAUCCAUAGAGUUCUAUGAAGGAAUCAGAGAAGAAAACAAAGGGACCGUUGAAAAUGGGAACAUGGAGAAAGACAAGAAGGACAGCAUGAGGUUCCUCCGCUGUCCUGCCGCCAUGACCAUCAUGCACCUGGCCAAGUUCCUCCGCAACAAGAUGGAUGUUCCCAGCAAAUACAAAGUGGAAGUCCUCUAUGAAGAUGAGCCUCUGAAGGAAUAUUACACACUCAUGGACAUUACUUACAUCUAUCCUUGGCGAAGGAAUGGCCCUCUCCCCUUGAAGUACCGUGUCCAGCCAGCCUGCAAGAGGCUAAAGCUCUCCUCCCAGCCUGCCAACUCAGAAUGCACCAAUACCAGUGGAGCUUCGGAGUGUGAAUCUGUCAGUGACAAGGCAAACAGCCCUGCCACCUUGCCAGCCACCACCUCCUCCUCCCUGCCGAGUCCUGCCACCCCUUCUCACGGAUCCCCAAGCUCCAACACCACCACAGUGAGCAUUCCCACCAACCCGGCCUCUGGCACUGUGCUCAACGGCACCUCGAACUGCCACCAGAUGCAACCCCUGGCCAGCAGGGGGCGCAAAGCCAUGGUAAAUGGUGGUCCUGCAAUGUCAGCUUUGACUUAAAGGAAGGCGCGCUUCCUUUUUCAUUUUUUGGCCAGAUCUUGAGUUUUAUAAAUAAGUAUAUUAUGUGUAGAUAAGGGCAAUGGUGGGUGGGGUGGGGAAAUUAUUUUCUAUUGAUCAACUUGAUUUAAUUUAAGAAGAAGAAAAAUCAAAAAGAGACAAACGAAUCCAGUGGUGUAUUUUUAAAGAAAUGCCCCCUUUCAAUUUUUACAAAGGAAGAAAAUGUGCUCAUGUAGUUGCAUGAAGGCAUCUGUGUAAAAGCUGCAGCCCUUUCUUGUUGUUAAUUUUUAAAAUGUGUGUCCUCAGUUGUAGUGAGAUUUAACGCACAGAUCCGAUUGAGAAAUGCACAGUCCCAAGUCAGCCAGGCUUACUUUCCUCGAAGCACAUUUGGCUUUCUUGUGCUCUUUCCUUCCUACAAUUGCCGCACCUCCUCGUAUGCACUUCCCCACUCCUUUAUGCCACCCCAUCCAGCUGAGAACUCUUCCCUUCAAGCCCGUCUUCCUCCUCCUACCUCUCACAGCCCUCGUUCCAGCCUCCUGUAGGGCCAAGAUGCUGCUGUAAGGUCAGAAGGCAGCUCUGGAGAUCUUUGUGUGGGCCAAGGAGCGAUGUCGUGCCCUUUCUCCAUGUUCUGAAGGCCCAUUGUCACUGCGUAGUUGCACUUCUUCAUAACAAAACAUGACAAACUGGAAUAGGAUGGAUGCUAGAGAAAGGGGAGAGGAGGGCAGUGGGCGAGGGGACCCCCAAAGUCCAGGAGCUGAAUGUGGGCCAUGCGUCACUGACUGAGGAAUGAAGCUUUAUAAUGCAGCAUGUCUUCUCCUAAAGGGUGGGGGGGGGGGCAAGGUUGCUGGUGCAGCAUGCUGAGCAGUGCGCACAGGCCUGUCCUGCUCCCAUGUGUUGCCAUUUGGGUCCUACCUCAGACUGCUUAUUCCUCCUGAGUAUCAGGCGUUCUAGAGAUGGGCUGCCAUAGCUGCCUCUCCAGUGUCAGAAAGGUCCUUUGGGCAGCAUCUGAAAGGUCCUUCGGUCAUUCCCCAGGCCCACUUAUUGCCUAUGGCCACGGGAGGACAAGAGUGCAUCUGGGGAGGGACGGCUGGCUGGUAGGCUGGCCUCAUGUCGCCCGCCUUCCCAGGUGCACGGCCACCGUCGCACCACUACAUGGCUUGUGCUAAGCGCUUACUCAUUGGAGCAGCAUAUCUUGGAGACCCCCCACAUUGGACUUGUGCAAGAUGUCCCUGUCUGUCUCUCAAAGCACAUCUUCCCUUCAGUUGUAAACCUGUCCGGCUGUCACGGUUCCUACGGACGGACCUGAGAAUUGUGCGGAUGCUGAGGAUUCUUUCUUUGAGAUCCCGUGCCAGUUCACAGGCCUACAGUUCCCAGGGCAUUGUUAAAAUAGAACUGAAUCUCCAUAUUUGGAAGCAGUAUAUCUCCCUGAGUACCAGAUGCUGGGGGUCAAGCAGCAAGGGCAAGCCAGUCACCUUCACGCCCUGCAAGUGUGCUUCUUAGGGACACACAGCUUGGCUACUGCUGGACGGACUGUUGGUCUGGGUGGACUUUUUGGUCUUCUCUGCAAGUUCCUUGGCUGGGAGCUAUGAUCGUUCACAUAGGUUUGGAACCGGUUUUAGUGGGGAGUGUGCUGCUGUAAAUAAGUGGAUCAUGUAAACCAGGAGUCCAUAAAUCUUGGAUAUAGCCAUUUCCUCCAGCUUGGGGGGGAAAUGUGCAUCUUGACUUUGCAGAAUCUGCCACGACUGAGAUCCAUGUGCGACCAGCUCUCCUGUUGCAGUUGCUCAUGCAAGCAGCCAUGCAUGGGAAUAGCCAGUCUUCUCGCGCCAAGCCCUCUCGGAGUCCGCCCUUGGGAUGAGAAAUGCUUGUGGCCAUUUUAAGACCUGGGACUGUGCUGUUUUUGAAGAGCUGUCUUCUUAUUUACACUUCUUGUACAUUGAGUUUGAAAUAAAUAAAUACAGUGCCUUUGGAAAGGAAACUUCUAAUGUACUGAUGUGCUGAGGUGACAGACAGGGGCUCACAGUUCUAACUGGAAAGAAGAAGGUGUCUUUUCUUCUGUUAACUUACAUUUCAAGACUGCCAGGUGGAAAUGCACAACUUCCUACAGGAAGAGUUUUAUUCUGCCAUCAGCUUGAAUCCUCUCGCCUUUUUCUUAUGGAGGAAAAGGAAUCCAAAGUUAUUCCCACCCACCCCUUCUCUGUAAGGACAGAAAGGACUAACUGGACACAAGCACACUUUGUAUCCCUGAAUGUCAAACCCCAGGAACGUUUAGUAGUCUUCUCUGGAUGACUGCAAAAAGUAGUUGUCCACACAGAGGCAAUGCACAUUUGGCAAUCGGCUUCUGCAGGUGGAUCUGCUGGACCAGAUGUGCAAAAGCCAGCUGCAUGGUGGGGCAGUGGGGUGUGUGUGCGUGGAAUGCACAUUGAGCAACCUGACUAUGUGUCCAGGCUCCUGGGCUUUUAUCCCAUGUGCCCCAGAUGUGUGUCCUAGGCCAUCUGCAGCCACAAUCCCACAGGUACCUGUUGUGGCUUCCCCCAUGCCCUUCUCUAGCAGGAUGGCCAUGCCCCACUCCUACAAUAAAUAGGGAUGGAAAGGGCUUCGAGCCUUAUGUUGGAACUUGCAGAAACUGAACUUGGGAGAGCAGUUUAUUUCUCCUGUGCCCCUGCUUUGUCUUGUAUUUAGAGUGUGGAGGGGAAAUUGCAGCAGGAGGAAGGAUCCAAAGAAUCCUCUUCUUCCCCAGCCUCCUGCCCAGAGGCAAGACCAUAAGACUGGCCUUGCUGGCUCAGAGGUCCCACUGUCCCAGCACUUUGGUCAGGGUCCAAAGAGCUGUCGGAGGCUUGUGUAAGCCCCGUGGAAUUGUGGCCUUUUCUGCCUUUAGAUACCCUUCCUCCUUUGCCACAUUGCAAAAUUCCAGAGUAGCAUGUCAACCGGAAUGGGAGGCUGCUAGGAGAUGAAAAACAUGUCUCACUCACCUUCUCUUGGCCUCCUAAAAGAAGCUUUGUUGUUCGUUGAAUACUCAUCUCCUGCUGUCUGCAGCAUCUGGGACAACAAAAGUCCGAGCAAAAGAGAAUACCUGGACUGGAAAGUCCAGUUUUGGCUGUUGGAGCUAAUAACUGUUGGAAGACUCAUCCAAUGCACCUGAAGCAUGCCCAACUUCUACCUUGAAAACUGAAGGCUCACAAAUUCACCUUGUCCCACUGCUGAGCUGCUCUUAGAAUUGGGAAGACUCUUUUUCCUAAUACGCUCCUCCUAAUUACCCUCCUCUUUGUUUGUUCUGACCUUGGUGGACAGCUGAGCAGUAGUUUUCCCAUUUGUUUGUGAGCUCCUUUUAAAUAACCUUAAACUAAAAAGAAAUGGGGAGGGGGGGCGCUUGCUGCUCUAAAGCACUGUACUUUAAGGCAAAACUUCUAGUAAUGCUAUAACCAUGUCAAAGGAUUUGGGUGUGUGCACAGGGAAGCCGCAGACCGACUCCCCACUUUGACAUACCAGGUUGAAGUCCUAGUUCCCACACAGAGUUGGGGAGUGGUCAUAACUCGGAGCACCUGCUUUGCAUGCAAAGGGUCCCAGGUUCAAUUCCCACCAUCUCCAGGAAAGAUCCCUGUUGACAUCCUGGAGAACUACUGCCAGUUGGUGUACACUGAGCUAGAUGGACCAACGGUCUGACUCGACAGAAGGCAGUUUCUUAUGUCUGGGGGAUGUGAAUCCAGUGUGAGGACUGCAUUACUCCAGUAGGAUCCUGGUCAGUAACUAGUUGUACUUGAAGGACACUUUGAAAAGGGAGUGGAGGGUGGUGGUGGGGUGGCAGGUCACCGCUGCAACCUCUAUUGCCCUAAAAUAGCCUACUGGCAAACUCUGUUGCCAGAGAUGCCACUCUGUCUGCAUCUUUUGUCUCUAGGUUGGCAACUCUCAGGCAACCUCUCAACAGACUGGAUUUUGUCUUGGGGCAAGGGGAGCCUCCAGUUGCUGAUCUGCUGGGUAACUUUUGUUUUCUCACCAGUACUGUACAGAAGGCCUAGAGGGGAGGCAGCCAUAAUACUCUCCUGAAAAGAAUCCUCAACUAUUGACCAAUCAUGUUUCUCUUCUUUUUCCUGGGCCAAGACUAACUUUGCGAAGGGUGUCAUGCCAUGCUUAAGAUUCGCUGGCCUUUGAAAAUUCAAAAAGGUUCUUGUCUCCUUGUUAUCUUUGUACAUACUGAGGAAACUGACCAAGGCAACAAAAAAGGCCUCAUUUCCCCCCACCCCAACUUUUUUGUUCAUUUUUUUGUAUUAAAAAAACACAAAACAACAUAAAAAAUAAUAUGGUACAAGCCAAAUUGCUCUGUAUGUUUGCAAACCUGUAUGAUGUUUUAAUGUGUUGUAAUAUAUUCUGAUAUUCAUAUAUUGUUAUUGGUUAAAACAUUUGUAUCAAUAAAACAGUUUGUAAAUGGUAAUAAAUGCUACCACUUUGUCCUUCA